GGCGCCCCUGGAAGCGGAAAAAGUACACUCCUGAAGAUGAUCGCUCAGACACUGCACAAAAGCAAGGAUCAUCGGCAAACCGGAACUGUCUCGAUCACUGGUGUUUCACCCGCAAGGAAUAUUAUAUGGUCAAAUCUUGUUGCCUAUAUUGAUCAGAUUGAUCGCCUGCAUCCGUAUCUAACAGUUUUUGAAACUUGCGAAUUUGCUUGGCGUUGCCGCUCAGGCGGAACUCAUCGCCGCAUCUUUCAAGGCGACGGACCAGAUGUCGAUGAUAUGAUUGCCAAACUCGACGACGAGCUCACUGUCAUCAACAAAAUACUGGAGGCUAUGGGUCUAGCGCGCGUGAAAGAUACCUUCGUGGGCGAUCAAGAAAAUGUUCGAGGCAUCAGCGGUGGGGAAAAAAAGCGAGUUACCGUCGCUGAAAUGCUGUGCGUAGGAUCUCCCAUUAUAUGCUGUGACGAAAUAAGUACUGGUCUGGAUGCCGCAACGACAUAUGACAUAACAAAAUGGAUGGGAGCGGUGACCCGUAUCACGGAGACUAUCAAACUGGUGUCGCUGUUGCAACCUCCUCCAGAAACGGUCGCCCUGUUCGACGAAGUGAUACUGUUGAGUAAUGGCAAGGUGGUUUACAGUGGGCCUAUCGACGAGGUGAUUGACUAUUUCUGCAAUCUUGGGUACGAGAUUCCGGAAAGAAUGGAUGUGGCUGAUUGGCUCCAGGCGCUUCCCACGAAAGAUGGUGUGAAGUUUAUACGAAAAGUCGGCAGCGAGAUGAUGAAGCAUUUGUCAACCGAUGAGUUCGUUGAGAAGUUUUACUCUUCUCCGCGUGGCAAUAAAAUUCUGGAACGUUUGAAUGCACCAUCGAGAGACGGAGCCGACAUGGUGAAGACAUUGGGGGGCAAGAGGUUUGAAAAUUCUUCCUUUGCUUCCUUGAGACUAUUGAUCCGUAGAGAGCUGAAGUUGUGGUGGCGUGACAAAUAUCAGAUCAAAGCUACCUUGUUAAAGUCUCUCAUUAUGGGAAUUGUCGCUGGGACCUUGUUUUGGCAAUCGGACAGUCCAAAUUCGAUCGUCAGCAUCUUAUUUCAGUCUAUGUUCUACAGCUGCGUUGGGGCUAUGACUUCGAUUGUGAAACAAUUUGCAGAACGACCUAUUUUUUACAAGCAGCAAGAUGCAAAUUUCUUCCCGACAUGGACGUACGUUGUUGGCCGCAGCGUUGCGAGUGUACCGACGUCGCUCAUUGAUUCUGUCGGCUAUGGAACAAUCAUCUUUUGGUUCGUUGGGCUAGCCCACAACGAUGGCGCUACUGUUGGCAACUACUUCAUGUUCCUGCUGCUCUUGUUUGUUGUAUCAUUGACUGCGGUUUUCUUCUUUAGCGUAUUUUCGGCUUCAGUGAGUGUUGUGACAAUAGCACAGCCGUGUCAGGCGAUAACAAUGCUUGCUUUUAUUCUCUUCAGUGGGUUUACGGUUCAACCGGAUGUCAUUCCAGUAUACUUUAUUUGGAUUUAUUGGAUAAACUUUUUUGCCUGGAUCCUUCGAGGUCUGGCUGUCAACGAGUUUGAUAGCGGGAAAUACGAUGACGAGGCGGAAACUAGUGAAGGUCUCACUGAGGGGGAACUCAUCCUCACCCGGUUUGGCUUUACAAUAAAUGAUGACCCUUUCUCAAGGGAAUGGGUAUGGUGGGGGUUGCUGUUUGCGGUCGGCUGUACGUCGAUAUCGUUGUUUGUCUCCACUUUCUUUCUAGACCGAAUAAGAUUUGCUACGGGGGCAUCCUUAGUUACAGAUAAAGGAAGCGAUGAAAUUGAAGAUCUGGGUCGAGAGGAAGUGUACAUCCCUUUUAAAAGAGCUAAACUGACUUUCCGAGACGUGCACUACACCGUCACUGCCUCAACGUCCGAAGAAAAGCUUGAGCUACUGAAAGGAGUCGAUGGUGUCGUUGAAGCGGGAUUGAUGACUGCGUUGAUGGGGAGUUCAGGUGCGGGAAAGACGACGUUGAUGGAUGUUCUGGCAAUGAGAAAGAGUUCAGGAGAAAUAUCAGGAGACAUCCGAGUGAAUGGACAUUCCCAAGAAAAGCUCUCAUUUCGAAGAAUGAUGGGAUACGUCGAGCAAUUCGAUACACAGACGCCACAGCUGACAAUUCGAGAGACGGUUUCAUUCUCGGCAAAGUUACGUUUGGAAGAGAAAGUUGCAGCAGUUGUGCCGGAUAGUAUGGAACAGUUUGUUGAGCAGACACUCCAUACACUUGAGCUGACCAAUAUCCAAGAUCUUCAGGUGGGGUCAGACGAGACUGGCGGGCUGUCAUUUGAGCAACGCAAACGUCUUUCCAUUGCCAUUGAACUUGUGGCCAAUCCUUCAAUUCUUUUCUUGGAUGAACCAACCAGCGGCUUGGACGCUCGAGCGGCGGCGAUCGUGAUGCGAGGCUUGAAGCGAAUAGCUUUGAGCGGACGAAGCGUUUGUGCUACAAUUCAUCAGCCUUCCAUCGCUAUAUUUAACGAGUUUGAUCGUCUUCUUCUUCUGAAGCGUGGAGGUGAGACAAUUUUCUUCGGAAAUCUUGGAGAGAACAGCUGCAACCUUAUCAGCUACCUCGAAGGAUACGAGGGGACGACUUGUAUUCAAGCUGGUGAGAAUCCAGCUACAUGGAUGUUGACGACGAUCGGCGCUGGUAGUGCCGCGAACCCCCAUAAACCCUUCGACUAUGCAGGAAAAUACCAAGAGUCCAAUCUCCGUCGAAAGUGUCUGGAUCAAAUCGAUAGUAUUUGUGCAUCUUCGACGCCUGAAGGCAAAGUUUUGUUCGCUGGAAAAUACGCUGUAUCCGUCAAAACACAAUUUUAUGCAGUGUUGCUCCGCACUAUGAAGGUAUAUUUCCGAUCCCCAAGCUAUAACGUGAUCCGUGUCAUGGUAUCCGGCACAGUAGCCCUUUUGUUCUCAAGCGUGUACGCGUCCCAACGUGUCCCUGGAGAUGAAGCGGACAUGAAUUCACGUGUCAACUCCCUUUACAUUGCUGUCCUUUUUCCUUGCGUGAAUGCACUAAAUUCUGUUUUACGCGUUUUUGAAGUGGAACGCAACAUGUUCUAUCGUCACAAAGCCGCUAGCAUGUAUGAUUCUCGAGCCAUCACGCGAGCGUACACUAUUGCUGAGGUUCCAUUCGUUUUCAUUGCUUCGCUUGUUUUCAGUAUUCUCUUUUACUUCCCAAUGGGCUUCGCGCUGGAAGCAGACAAGUUUUUCAUCUUCUUGCUAAUCAUAUUCUUGACGAUCUCGACCUUUACUUUUACGGGUCAAAUGCUUAUCGGUCUUUUCCGUGAUAGUCAAACGGCUCAGGGAUUUGGUGGACUCUUCAUCACCUUUACCUCUCUCUUCUCGGGAAUCUUGCUUCGACCGGACGCGAUCCCCAACUUUUGGAUCUUUAUGUAUUGGCUUAUGCCCGGGCACUAUAUUUACGAGGGGCUGAUAAUGUCCCAAUUCAAUAAUGACAAUUCGCCAAUUGUGGCUUCCGUUGGA